UUUAAGGUUUAAUUAUACGACGUAUGCAGCUAGUUGGCUUAUCCUGCGCAGACCGUUAAAAACGGUUGGCUCUGCCGUUGAAACUUGAAAGACCGAACAAAGCUGUACAGAACCAGACUCAGCUCUAUACUCUGUCCUAAGUUUUUAUCUCUCUCAGCUGAACUGAACUGAAAACCUCAAGCUAAUGCUUCUCUGCGUAAACUCUCAUCACCAGCCAUGGAACUCAACUCUCCCAACUCUCACUCUCCUCCCAAAUUGCAAAACUUCAAACGACGUGAAUCAAAUCCAUGCAAGACUUUUAACAACUGGGUUUAUCAGAAACGAUUUCCUCACCACCAAAAUCAUCCUCAAUUUCAUUUCUUCACCGUACGCACAUCUCAUUGAAUUCGCUCGCCACGUCUUCUUUACGCGCCACGCUUUUCGAGUUCGUCGAAAUCAAGAGGACCCUUUUCUUUGGAAUGCGGUUAUGAAGUCGUAUUCUCAUGGGCGUGAACCAAAACAAGCUUUGGCUAUGUUUUGUUUGAUGCUUGAGAAUGGGGUUUGUGUGGACAAGUUUACUUUCUCUUUGGUUUUGAAAGCGUGUUCUCGGGUGGGUUUGGUGAAGGAAGGAAUGCAGAUUCAUGGGUUGUUGAAGAAAAUGGAAUUUGGGUUGGAUGUGUUUUUGCAGAAUUGUGUGAUUUGGUGGUAUUUGAGAUGUGGGUUUGUUGAAAUUGCUAGGCAAGUGUUUGAUAGAAUGCCAAAGCGGGACUCGGUUUCGUAUAAUUCGAUGAUUGAUGGGUAUGUUAAGUGUGGCAUGAUUAUAGCGGCACGUGAAUUGUUUGAUUGCAUGCCGGUGGAGGAGAAGAAUUUGAUUUCUUGGAAUUCAAUGAUUAGUGGGUAUGCACAAUCUAAAGAUGGGCUUAAUGUUGCAUGGGAGUUGUUUGAGAAAAUACCUGCUAGGGAUUUGGUUUCAUGGAACACAAUGAUUGAUGGGUGUGUAAAGCAUGGAAAGAUGGAAAAUGCUCAUCAUUUGUUUAAUCAGAUGCCAAAAAGGGAUGUGGUUAGUUGGGCAAAUAUGAUAGAUGGGUAUGCAAAAUUAAGUAGUAUUGAUGUAGCUAGGAGUUUAUUUGAUGGAAUGCCAGAAAGGGAUGUUGUUGCUUGUAAUGCCAUGAUGGCUGGCUAUGUUCAAAAUGGUUAUUGCAUGGAAGCUGUAAAGAUUUUUCAUGAUAUGUUAAGUAAGAGUGAAAUGAUACCUGAUGCUACCACAUUGUUGAUUGUUCUUUCUGCAAUUGCCCAAUUAGGACACAUUGAAAAGGGGAUUGCCUUACAUCGCUAUCUAGAGGAAAAUGGGUUCUCUUUGAAUGGAAAACUUGGUGUUGCUCUCAUUGAUAUGUAUUCUAAAUGUGGCAGCAUAGGGAAUGCUAAGUCAGUCUUUGAGAAUAUUGAAGAAAAAAGCAUUGAUCAUUGGAAUGCUAUGAUUGGUGGAUUGGCCAUUCAUGGCUUGGGCAAAUUGGCUUUUGAUUUGUUCACGGAAAUGGGGAAGCUUUGUGUAAAACCUGAUGAUAUUACAUUCAUUGGAGUGUUAAAUGCUUGUGGCCAUGCUGGCUUGGUGAAGGAAGGGCUGGUUUGUUUUGAUCUUAUGAGAAGAGUUCACAAGGUGGAACCAAAAUUGCAACAUUAUGGAUGCAUGGUUGACAUCUUUUGCCGUUCAGGGCAUAUAGAAGAAGCCAGGGCACUAAUAGAGGAAAUGCCCAUCAAGCCAAAUGAUGUGAUCUGGAGGACUUUGCUUGGUGCUUGUAAAAAUCAGGAAAACUUCAAUAUUGGAGAGCCCAUAGCUAACUACCUAAUUGGGUUGGAUUACAAUAAUCCAAGCGCAUAUGUACUUCUGUCUAAUAUUUAUGCUGGUCAAGGAAUGUGGAAUGAUGUUAGUAGAGUUAGGAUGAUGAUGAAAGAAAGAAACCUAAAGAAAACUCCUGGUUGCAGUUGGAUUGAACUCGAGGGAACUGUCCAUGAGUUUUUUGUUCAUGAUAAGUCCCACCCUCAAGUUACAGAGAUUUAUUCAAUGUUAAAUAGUUUGUGGAUUCCCAAUUCAGGGGCCAGCUAUUGUCAGAGUUGAGUUAAUAAUCUAUGGAUAACAAGUAAAUUGCCGAAUGCAACUUUGUAAAAAGAAGCCCCACCUUUACCAACUUUGCUCUC